GUAGUCUACUCUAGAGAAUAUUAGCUGGCUGCAAAAAUGCAAGUUCUUGGAAUUUGUAUCCCGUUGAUCUUUAUGCUAGUCGCUUUUGCGACAGCAGCACCAAAAACAUAUAACACUGAUGCGAUGGAUGACAGAGUUGACAAAGAAGCACCGUCUUUGGAAGCAGUACCCGGAACCUACACCGGUAAUGGAGUAGAAGGCCGAGCUGGAGAGGGGAGUAUGGAUGCAGAGGCCGUUGUCGAAAAAAUAUUCCAAUGGGCGAAGAGCAUGAGCUUGGUACCCAUACAAGUUCCGAAGAAUGUGUACAAUUAUAUUAUGGAAAAUAUUCCUAUCCUUGGCCGUUUCAUCAAAUCUGCUUAGGAAAAUAUCCACCGUAUAUUCAAGUCAUUCGUAAUAUUAGCUUUGUCCAAAGCUACGUUUUGUUUUUUUUUUUUUUUUUUUUUGCCUGGGUUUUGGGGGAUAUUGUAAUAAAAGUGUUUAAUGUGGACUUUCAACCAGCUGUUCCGAAUCUGCAUUUUAUUAAGUUAUCAGUUUGUAUUUUUUGCAAUAUCAAUAAACAAUAAUUUUUUUGCGGCCUGGCA